AUGGUUCAAGAGAAAAGCGAGUACGAUCCUUGCAAGACAUCCAAAGAUAUAUGUCUGAACAAAGGAAAAUGCACGAAUCGAGAUGGCGACACAGCAGCAAAACAAACAUUUAUGGAUCCGAUAGAAUUGCGUGCCUUCAAAGAGAGAACCCUUCACAUCUCAGGCGAGCUGGACCAAAAACAAGUGUCGCUGAUCACCAUUCAGUAUCAGUGUAUCUGUCCGGAUGGUUUUAUCGGCGAAUUCUGUCACAUUACUGAAGAAGAGCGAAGUUGUGAAGAGGACUACUGCAGUAGUCAUGGGCAAGGCCAUUACGCCCUGGAGUGGUUGCGAUUGCAAAAUGCGAUCCCACGAUGGUGUGACAUUCGGUCUCCGUGCGCAGGCUACAGUUGUAUGAACGCAUCAAAUUGUACGCUGAAAUACCAUGAAAAAGAAAACGCAGUCGAAGCUGUAUGCGAGUGUCCUAAAGCAAUCGAACUUGUCCAAGCGAAGGUCACAGGGGAUCACUGUGAAAGAAUAGAGACCAAUGAGGUGAAUUCGCCCUAUGUGCCAUGUACAAAACCAGGCAGCUUCAGCUCAUGGUAUAACGCAAUGCAAAGAAGGUGCGUUUAUCCUUUCUCCUCGAACUUAUUGUAUGAAACAAAACGUUUUGAAAGAAGCAUAGGGUGA